UUGCAUUUUUUGUCACAACACCAACCUUCAAGCUAGUCUGUCUUCGAAUUGACAACCCCCUCCCCUAAGAGCAGCGAAGCUGCGCAGUCGACAUGGCAGGAAAAUAUCGCAACAGUUUUGUAAAGAAAGAUGAGAUACUUCCAAUUCAUUUGGAAUAAUAUUCAUCACGAGAUGUGAUCCAACAUCCACAAUGUGUGAGGACAUUUAAGAACAAUUAAGUUCGGAAAACAAUCUCGAUUCCAGUGGAAUCUUCCAUACAUCUAUAUCUAUAUAUAAUUAUUAUAUUUUUCUUUGUGUUAACUCCUAAAUAUACACGCACCCAACCCACCAACAUAUAAUCAUGCCAGUGCAAGCGCCACAAUGGACAGAGUUUCUGCUGUGCCCAAUCUGCACGCAGACGUUUGAGGAGACUGUUCGCCGGCCCAUCAGUUUGGGCUGUGGACAUACUGUCUGCAAGAUGUGCCUGAACAAGUUGCACCGUAAGGCCUGUCCUUUUGACCAGACGGCCAUCAGCACUGACAUUGAGCAGUUACCUGUCAACACAGCCCUGUUGCAGCUGGUGGGAGGCCAGGUUCCUAAGGCUCAGCCUGUUGCCUUGAUUACCAGUCCAGAGGACUCACAGAAUUAUGAGAUGGCUAGGCAGUGUGUGGAGGAACUGGCCCUCUACCUCAAACCUCUCAGCAACACUCGAGGUGUAGGUCUGAGCAGCACGGCCCAGAGCAUGCUGAGUCGACCCAUGCAGAGGAAGUUGGUAACUCUCGUCCACUGCCAGCUGGUUGAGGAAGAAGGUCGUAUUAGAGCCAUGAGGGCAGCCCGCUCUCUUGGUGAGCGAACAGUUACUGAGCUCAUCUUGCAGCACCAGAAUCCUCAGCAGCUCUCCUCCAAUCUCUGGGCUGCUGUCCGUGCAAGAGGUUGUCAGUUUCUUGGCCCUGCAAUGCAAGAGGAAGCGCUAAAGCUGGUUCUUCUUGCUUUAGAAGAUGGUUCUGCGUUGUCCAGGAAGGUCUUAGUUCUCUUUGUAGUCCAGAGACUUGAGCCACGCUUCCCACAGGCCUCUAAAACAAGCAUAGGCCACGUGGUACAGCUCCUUUACAGAGCUUCCUGCUUUAAGGUCACCAAACGUGAUGAGGAUUCAUCCUUGAUGCAACUGAAAGAAGAGUUUCGUACUUAUGAGGCUCUACGGCGUGAGCAUGACUCUCAGAUUGUUCAGAUAGCCAUGGAGGGUGGAUUGCGCAUUGCACCCGACCAGUGGUCCUCUCUGUUGUACGGAGAUCAGUCUCACAAGUCUCACAUGCAGUCAAUCAUCGAUAAGCUGCAGACCCCAGCAUCUUUUGCUCAAAGCGUCCAGGAACUGACGAUCGCACUGCAAAGGACUGGAGAUCCAGCCAACCUUAACAGGCUGCGGCCCCACUUAGAACUACUGGCAAACAUCGAUCCCAGUCCUGAUGCUCCUCCUCCUACCUGGGAUCAGCUGGAGAAGGGGUUGGUAGCGGUGAAAACCGUAGUACACGGCCUGGUGGAUUUCAUCCAGAACCAUAGCAAGAAAGGAGCUGACCCUCAACAGCCACCUCAGCACAGCAAAUACAAGACGUACAUGUGUCGUGACAUGAAGCAGAAGGGAGGCUGUCCUCGUGGAGCCAGCUGCACCUUUGCCCACUCUCAAGAAGAACUGGAAAAGUACCGUAAGAUGAAUAAGCGCCUGGCGGCUCGCUCUGGGGGGCUUUUACCAGAUGACGGCCUUCCUCCUGAUGUAGCAGUAACCCGGAAGAUCUCACCGAUCAUCAAUGGCGGUGGAACACCAAAUCUGCCACAGUUAGUUGCUCGAGGCACUGAAACAGUCUCUUAUGAGAUCAUGCGUAAGCCAGUUAAGCUGGAUGGAGGAAGUCCAAGUAUCCCAGGGUCACCGCCUGAUGUACUGGACCCUAUGCCCAAAUCUGGAAUGUCUUUGACGCCUCAUGCAAUGUCUGCCAGGAUGCCCGCAGACCACCUCCAAGGAAUUAAGCAUGUGUCAAUGGUAGCGAGGGGAUCACCUGUUUAUCCCCCAUCGCAGCCGUCUGAUAUGUGCUAUGACCCACGUCCCCCACCUGCCUCUCAGUAUGAGCCUCCACAGUAUGCACCAGGCUACCCCUACCAGCAACAGUAUGUUCGAGAUCCAUACAUGCGUAACCCUCCUCCCCCAAGUGAUUCAGGACCCCCUUACCAUGACCCUUACACUGGUUAUGGUCCUCCAGAGCGCCCGUACCCAGCACACCACGGCCCACCUUUCUCCUAUGCUCAUCCUCCUCAUUAUGACAGAGGUCGCCCCGGCACCUACAGCAACCCGCCACCUCAGCCCUACCCACCUCAGAGUAACAGCCUUGUAAAAAUGAGUCAAGCACCCGUGGAUGUUCCCCCAUCAUCAACGGGGCCGGCCAACCCGCUGUACCACCAGGAGCCUAGUCCCCGGGAUAGAUAUCCAACAGAUGGCUACUAUCCACCGGGCAACCAGUCUCCACAUAUGAGGACUUAUGUCAGGGGACCAUCAUACUGUAGUCCACAGCCUAGUUUGGACUACCUGCACCGACGACGACAGGAGCUGAUAUCCCAACUGGAAGAAAGGAAAGUGAUCUCUCCUCCGCCGUUCGCUGCCUCCCCUACACUUCCACAUCCCUUCCCCAGUGACUACCCCACUGAGUAUGGGGAUGAGAGCUCCAAAGCAGUUUUGAAGUGCAGGGAGCCUGACUACGCGGGGCAGUACUCCCCCUGGUCCUGUGAAACUAUUGGUUCAUAUAUUGGCACAAAAGACCCCAAACCCAAAGAUGUCAUGGUUCCUGGAACUAUGGAGAUGAUGAAUGUGGAGGCCAAAGGUCUGAGAGAACCGUCACUGGAGGCUCCUCGAAGGAGUGCAGAAGUAAAGGAUGAUGACCCGAUUAUACCGUUUGGUCCCCAGCCCACAGUAUCACGCUUUGGUGCCAUUUCUCGCACUUCAAAGACGGGCUACCAGAACACUGGUCCGGUGCAAGCUAUAGCCUCCACCCCCCAGAACCCCAACUCUAAACAUAUGGUCAUGCCGGCAGAAUAUUCAUAUGGAAGUCAUGGUGGUUGGAGUGGAGCUCCAUAUCCCUCCCACCCAAAUGCUUCUUCCUCUCAGGGACACUUUGAGCGCCUCACGGCAGCCUCAGACAGAGAGCAGUUAAAGAUUGAGCUGCAGCAGGUCAACCAGCAGAUCAACCAGCAGACUCAGAUGCACAACAUGGAGAAUUUCCAGCCUGCACACUUCCACUCCUCACUUCCUGUUUCAAAAUUGCAGACUGCCAGUAACUCUUUGCUCCUGCAGAGGGAUGUUGGUGCAUUGGCAGGUCAGCCUCUGCAGGCCAGCCAGGGCCAGACAGCUGUAGCAUCCCAACAGCAACAGCCCAAGUGGCCAGCAGGGGGUGCAAGUGCAUCAGCUGUAUCAAGCGAACAGCUUAGCUUGGAGCUCCAUCAGGUGGAGAGAGAAAUUGGCAAAAGGACUCGUGAAAUGGCUAUGGAAAACCAAGUAGCCCAUGAUGUUCAGCCAUACAAGAUGAUGCCUGCAGAAAAUGGACAACCAGAGCACCAGACUCAGCUGGAGGAAAUGUCUCUGGCUCUUGGUGACGUGUCCAACGGCUCCAGCAGUUUGCAAGAAAGUGCAGUGGGCGGGUCCAUGCUGUCACUGACAAACAAGACAUCUGCACUGAGCCUGUGUUCUGAUUCAGGUGCCUCUGGGUCAGAGAUGCAGAAGAAUGGUGUUGUCCAUUCCUGCUCUUAGGAAUUACACAUUUACACAUACACACACACACACACACACACACACACACACACACACACACACACACUGCUCAUUUGAAAUGCAUGCACAGGCACCAAUACACCCAUUCUAUUUAGAAGAUGAGCAGUAUCUGCCGUGAUGAAUUUUCUUUCUUUUUGUUCUGUGAAUGAGCUUUUUUUUAAAUAACUUUCCUUGCCUGGAAACCAGAGCAAAUGAUAACAUUUCCUGUGUGUGUUCUUACUUAUUUUUUUGUACUGGGAUUUAAUCAACAAGGCUCACUAUGGAUCUAUCAGGUAGAGAACAUGGUGGUGAUGUUGACAGUGUUAUUGUUCAAACUAGGUAUGACUACUCUAUUUUCCCACAGCGCAGUCGAGGCAAACACGGAUUCUCCCUCUGAGACUUUCUUCAGUUGUGGAAGCAUACAUGUAAACAAACGGUUAACUGUCACAUCAGACACUCUUUGAGGACAUUUCUUAAAGUUUUGUGAUUUGUGACAGCGUUUUUAAAUAAAAGCGUACAAAUAUACAAGUCACCCCCAAAAUCGUAAUGAGAAGUUGGCCAGAUCUAGAUGCCUGAAGAGGGAAAUGCUGUUUAAAUUCCACCUUUGUUCAGCCAGAAUUGACCCGGUGGUUGUUUUAAAAACAAAUAGUUGCACCACACAUUUCUUCAUCUGCCAUGUCAUGCAUUUUUAUGAACAUGUUUCUGUUUCAUACUUGAAAGCAGUAUAUAUAAAAUUAAAGCAUUCUGUUUUAAAGAUUGCAAAACAUUUUUUGAUAAAAAAAAAAGAACAACAACCUUUGUUUUCCAUGAGGGAAUAUUAAGUGCUUUUCCUGGUUGUGGUGUGGCCCAAGGCAGUUGUUAUUGUUCUGAGUGCAUUUAGCUCCAGUCGAUUGUAAAAAUUCUCAGUAUUUUUUUCUGAGGGUUACCAGGCUGGGAGUAAAUCCAUCUAUUUCAGGAGUUUUUUUGAAAAAAGUGUUAACUUCAAAACAUCGGGGCAUUUAAAAAUAAAUAAAGAGCAUUUCCCUCGUCUGGGUGUCUAAUCUGGUCACGCAAAGGCCUCCCCAUUGGGAUUAUCUCGUCAUUUGUUCUCAUAACUUCUAUGAAGUUGCCUUCCCUUGUUUGUUAUUUUUAUUGAAAUUUUUUUUGCUUGUUUGUUUUCUUCUGCUUUAAUUUUGCGUGUCUUGUGCUUUACAUUGUUACGAUUUUGGGCGGUGUAGUUUACGCUAAAGAACACCACCGAGGACGCGUCCUUUCAGCUAUAAAAUAGUUGCAUCAAAAGCUUACGGCUGCAGUUUCAGCAGCGCGCAGUACAUCCAACGUCAUGUUUACAGCUAAAAAUAGUGGCGAGAGUUACUAAAUAAACAUUCUUCAUACAGUCAUUUUUAACUGUGCUGUGUAUUUGUAGAACAGCUGGCAGAAAAGACCAGUCAGUCUCCGGAUCAUAAGACACUGUCCUCAUCACCAUCAGUACAAUUAAUACUCUUUCUCUAAUCUAUCGAUUGUUUACCUCUGAUGCUCAGCUGCUCUUUGCCUUCUGUAAACAUUUGACAACAGUUUCAAACCUCUGCCGACAGCGAGUCCUUGUGCUUAAACGGUUAUAAACAAGAAACGCUCUGGGUCAACUUGCUCUAGCUUAUAGUUGAGCCUUCACUUUGGUCAAAGGGGAACUGAAAAACGGACACUUGGACAAAUCCCUGAUUACUCGUGAAUAUUUUUGUGUCCAGUGUCCACUUUGGGAUUUGAUGUGCACCUCUUUCAAUUUUCCAGCGCCAUAACAGCAUUUUUUUUUAAAUCUAAUUUGUUUUCAUCUCCGACCACACUUGGGCUGCUCUUUGCUACAAUUAUUGUUUAGGUACACAGCUCACUUAUACAUAUGAGUAUGUAUACAUACAUUAAUAUACUAAAGCACUAUUAAUGUGCCACCUUUUACUCUACUUGCUCAGCAUUUAUAUUAAAUGAUCUCUACUUAGAAUCAGCUUUUUUUUCUAUUUUGUUUUUGUUUUGUGUCCAUUGGUUGCCAACACAGACUUUAUCCUUUCCCAGACGAAGGACCUCUGUGUGCAUUGAUGUGUGUUCACUUAAACUUUUGUGUUCAAACAAAGAUGUUCUUUAUAGAUUAUGCUUCCGAAGAAGACAAAAUCUGUAACUUUGAAAAAAAAAAAUUAUAUGGAGAUGUUUUGUGCGUGUGCUAGAUUGUAUUGUAGGAAAUGUACCCUUAAUUAUUAUUUUUUUGGUUACCUCCCCUUGAACUGUGCUGUAUUGGGCAACAGUGUUGAGACUUUAGAAGAGUUAUUGGUGCUUUUGCCCGCCACUGCCCCAAAGAGAUACACCAGGAAGUCUCUUAGGAAAGGUUAGCCUUAAUCUGGUCUGUAAUGCUCCUUUUAAAGGACUUUUUUUUUAAGGAGUAUGAGAAAAGUAUCCAACAGGCUCAGUCACACAUAUUUUUCUUACAGAAAAAGCAACAGUUGAAAUUAACUUUAUUUUAAGGAAAUUGUUAAUUUACUGACCCCCAACUCUUAAAUGACGUGUGAUCAACAGCUUCAGUAGUCCACGUGACAUUUUUUUCUCUUUUUAUAUUUGGGUCACCUUUCAAGUUGAAAGGAGGAAGGGGAAGUUGCAACACCUUUUAUGUUCCCUCACUUCUGUAUUUGAGACAACCAAAACUGAUUCUGCAGGUCUAAUUGAGCCUAAAACACCUUUAGCUUAGCAGAGCUUUCAUGCAGUAUGUAUCGGGGGGAGAUUAUAACGAGAUAGUAAAAGGCAAAGAUGUUUAUUUUAGUCCUGUGUGCUUUGUUUUCUGAGUGGACAUGCUGCCUACACCCCUUGUUGAUGGUUAAUCCCCCAUCCACACCCUUUGACCACUGACUGACCUCUGUUACUGCUGUUCGAGGCUCACGUUUUAUUCUCAGACUUUCUGGGGAAAUUUACAAAUGGCUUUUUUAUAUUAUUACUCCCUUGUAAAAUAUCUCUUAAAUUAAGGUACAGGUUUGAUUUCAGCAAGAAAAAAAGGUUUUUAUAUGUAUAUUAUACUCCAUUAAGGAAUGUCUAGAAUUAUCUUCCUCCAAUGUGGAUGUAGCCAUUAUUACGCCAUUUUAUGACUUUGUAAGAGAAUUCACUGUGUGAAAAUUGGUUUGCAUUUUUGUAUAAUACAAUCUGCUUUCUUUUUGUUUGUUGUUUGAUACGAGAAAGGUCAAACUGGACGUUUGAAGAGAGGAAAACCUGUGAAUCCGAGAAAACAAAAUGUAACUUAUGUGCAACAGUGAUUCUAAACUGAGGGGAAAAAUUAAAUGAUAUUGCUAACUGA